AUGUCUUCACAAGCUCGGCCGAAAGUGCUCCUCUUUGAUAUCGGAGGCGUUGUUGUUGUCUCUCCUUUCCAAGCCAUCCUCGACUACGAGCUGAGUCUAGGAAUCCCCCCAGGAUGGGUGAACUACUCCAUCUCCAAGACGGCGCCAAACGGAUUCUGGCACAAGCUCGAGCGGGGCGAGAUCCCCAUGGACGAGGCCUACUUUGCGGGCUUCAACGCCGACCUGAGCGACCAGGGCCGGUGGCACGACUUCUACAAGCUCCAGCAGGCCAAGGACUCUUCCUUGCCGCGCCAGGUGCCCGACCUACCGCCCAUCGACGGCCGGUGGCUGUUCUACGAGAUGAUGACCAAGUCCAAGGCGCACGACCCCUGGAUGUGGCCGGCCCUGCACAGGCUGAGGCAAAGCGGGCAGUUCAUCCUCGCGGCCAUGAGCAACACGGUCAUAUUCCCAGAGGGAGAUCCUCUGCAUGAAAAGGACUUCUUUGAGAACCCCGUCCGCAAGAUGUUUGACGUGUUCGUCUCAUCCGCGCACGUGGGGUUGCGGAAGCCCAAGCCCGAGAUCUAUCAGUACACGCUCAGGGAAAUCCAGAAGUUCGCAAAGGAGAAUGCCGACACGGAAAAAGGGCGGGCGUUGGGGUGGGCUGAGGGCAUCAGGCCAGAGGACAUUUUGUUCUUGGACGAUAUUGGUGAGAACCUCAAGGGCGGGAAGAAGGCUGGGUUUCGCACGUUAAAGGUUCCCUUGGGAAGGACAUAUGAGGCGGUGGACGGGCUCGAGUCUGCGACGGGCCUGAAACUGGCUGGCGAUCACCCAAGAGUUCCGGUCAAGCCGACCAUCACAAAGACCAAGUCCAAAUUAUAG